GUAAGGAAAAGGGAAGAAGCGGCGGCGCACGGGGUGCGCUGGGUGCGGGACCCUCCGGCUGCGCGGCCCCGGGGCAGGAUGAAGCUGUGCUGCCUCCUGCUGGUUACUUUAUGGCUGUGGAUGGCCACCCUCAGCAGCAGCUCAGAGCGCUGUGAUGACUGGGGAGUGGACACCAUGAAACAAAUCCAGGUCUACGACGGGGAGCCAGCUAGGAUCAAAUGCCCGCUCUUCGAGGCCUUUCUAAAAUACAACUACAGUACAGCCCAUUCGGCCGGCUUAACCCUCAUGUGGUACUGGACUGGGCAGGACCGGGACCUGGAGCAGCCAAUCAACUUCCGUCGCCCGGACAAUCGGAUCAAUAAGGAAAAAGACACCCUUUGGUUCCGGCCUGCCCUUCUCAAUGACACUGGGAAUUAUACCUGCAUGCUCAGAAACACAACCUAUUGCAGCAAGGUCGCGUUUCCCCUGGAGGUUGUUCAGAAAGACCAAACUUCUUGCGUCAGCCAAUCAAUAAAACCCACGGAAGAGCUGUUCUAUUUGGAGCAUACUAACGGGAAGAUCAUUUGUCCAGAUAUUGAUGGCUUUUAUCCUCCCAGCGUAAGACCAACUGUCAACUGGUACAGGAACUGCGUGUUGGUGAAAGGCUUCCACGACCGAUAUCCCGAGGGCCCAACGCUCAUCAUUGGCAUUGUUCGCAGUGUGUAUGAAGGCAACUACACCUGCAUUGUGAGCUACAAGGAGAACGGAAGGAGCUACAACCUCACUCGAAGCAUAAGGAUGAAGGUAGUAGGGUCUCCAGACAAGGCAGUGCCACCACAGAUUCUCUCUCCAAAUGAGAAAAUAAUCUACGAACUCGAAGCAGGUGCUGAGCUUGUUCUGCCCUGCGAAGUUUACUUCUCCUUUCUGAAGGAUUCCCGAACAGAGGUUUGGUGGACAGUUGAUGGAAAAAAUACAGACGAUAUCACAGACCUGAAAAUGAAAGUCUCCGAAAGCGUAUUUACUGCCGACCUUGGAGAUAAGCACAUCACAAGGACUCUGACCAUUUCCAAGGUCACACCCAAGGACUUGAAGCGUAACUACACUUGUCAUGCCAGAAACACCAAAGGGGAGGAUCACCAGGCAGCCACGGUGAGAAUGAAAGUUCUAGCUCCAAGGUACACCGUGGAACUGGCCUGCGGACUAGGUGCCACCGUCUUGCUGGUGGUGAUCCUAAUUGUCGUCUACCACGUUUAUUGGCUCGAAAUGGUUCUCUUCUACCGGGCUCACUUUGGAACGGAUGAAGCCAUUCUAGACGGGAAGGAGUAUGACAUUUACGUGUCCUAUGCCCGGAAUGCCGAGGAGGAGGAGUUUGUGCUGCUGACCCUGCGCGGAGUCCUGGAGAACGAGUUUGGAUACAAGCUGUGUAUCUUCGACAGAGACAGCCUCCCCGGGGGAAAUACCACUGAGGCAGUUUUCAACUUCAUUCAGCGAAGCCGGAGGAUGAUCGUGGUGCUGAGCCCCGAUUACCUGACGGAGAAGAGCAUCAGCUUGUUGGAGUUGAACCUGGGCAUCGUGUGCCAGAACGCCAUCUCCACCAAGCUCAUUGUGGUGGAGUACAGGCCGCUGCAGGUCACCCAUCCUGGCAUUCUCCAGCUGAAGGAGUCUGUCUCCUUUGUGACCUGGGACGGGGAUCAAUCCAAGCCAUCUGGCUCCAAGUUCUGGAAAGCCUUACGCCUCGCCCUGCCCCUGAGGAGCCUGAGCUCUGGCUCGGGUUGGAACGAGAGUUGCUCCUCGCAGUCAGACAUCAGCCUGGAUCCCGUCCAGAGGAGGACGAGCAGGUUGAAAGGCCAGAGGGAACUGCAGAGCUCCAGAACGGGCGCUGCUGCUCAGAGCAGGGCGGCCCCAGAACCCAGGCCAAAGACCAAGCACCGAGCCAAGCGGUUCAUGCCAUGUCAGUGUUGUGUGACGUACUGUGACCAUGGCGAUAAACUCAGGCAGAAGAGCCGAGCCGUGCCCAAGUCCAGAUGGGAGACUCACCUCUGCAAGCCGGUCUCGGGCGGAAACAGACCGGAGCCCCUGGCUGCACAGCUCUGCCAGUACACCAAUAUGUCCAACAACAACGACGUCUGCGUUCUGUAGCCGAGUUCCCGGCCCACAGCAGAGCCGCUGGGGAUGCAGGGCGAAUGGAGCAAUGACGAGGGUUUUCAGGAUUUCCCGGACUGGCUCCGCUUCCUUCCACAUGGCCCGAUUCUUUUCCAGCCAAACAACGGCCAGGCAGGAGGGCCAGAGUGAUGUUACCAAAUGUUCCACUCAUUGGCAUUUGAGAUAGGAAAGAUCAUCUAGUCCCAAGGUGAUCUAGGGACCUCGGGGGCCUCACAGGGCAUUUGCAGUUGGGUUGCUAAAUAGAGAUAAAAAGACAUUUGGUAUUUCCCUUAUGUUGCUUUCCCCCAUGAGGCGUUGCUGCAGUCGGCCCAGGGAGACAGGCGAAGGAAGAGUCCCUGUGAGGUGACUCGGAGGGGAGGUGUUGACUAAACAGUCUCCUUCUGAAGAGGUACAAAAGUAUGACAUGACCUCAGGCUUGACUCUACACCUUUGAGUCAAUUAAAGCUUCAUUCAUUAUUUCCUUGUGGGCAGGAUCCAGUCCCAACUCCUGCCGAGGCCGGAUUGGUCCCUUUCAGUGUUUUCCGUGGUGCUUUGUCAUAUCCUGGUUUAAAGGGACAUGGUCACAGCUUUAAAAAAUAACCCCCGACUCUCUGUAGGCCUUUUAGCGUGCCACUGGGCGAAGUGACUGUUAAGGUCAUUGGAGCUGAAAGAGUGAAAAACAGUGUUCUCCAGACAACGCUCUGGGGGCAGAUUUUCAGAGGCACGGAGGGGGUGAGGUGCCACUGCUCAUUGCGCUUUCGAGAGUUUUCCCCUUUGUGCACAGGCUGUGUCAGUGGUGGCCUGUCGGGCCAGUUCCCCCGUUGGUUGAGAUGGGCCUUUCACACAGCCACUAACAUUUAGAGACAUGGGGUGGCCAGCCCCAAAAGAGGCGAGAUAAGGCCUGAAACACACUUAAAAACCCCACUGUUGAAACACCCUAGAUUUCAAAUGGACCGUGUCUCAUUAAGUGAUUCACGAAAAGGGUCCUGGAUCACCUCCCUCGGGUCCGGCAGACCUUGCCGCCAGCAUUUCCUGCUGUGCAUCCUGAAUUCCAUUUUCAUCUCGACACCCAUUCCCCUCCACCCAGGGGGUUUGUAAAUACUCCCACCUUCACCCCCUCAGCUGUCAUUUGGUGUCACACAUUGAGUUCUGGAGGCCUUUCCCUGGGAAUUAAUCCCUCCCCCAGCUCUUUAAUUGGUCUGACUGCUUGUCUCUAAGUUAAGUGUGGCUGUUAUUAAUUUUUCUUCUGUGUGGGAGGGAUGCGUCAGGAAUCCCCUGUAGGAAGCGUGUGGCUACCAGCCCAGAGGCUCGGUUGGGGUCAAUGGACGCAGCUGCAUUGACAUCAUUGAGUCAGUGCUGAGGGUCUGGCCUACAUCUGCCUGAGAUUAAUAGUGUCGGAGCACAGCGACCCUCCCGUCACUCUCUGAAAGUCGUACAGGUGGCAUCCAUUCCACCGCCUCUCUCCUGUGCCAAAUCCUAUACCCUUUUCUCUGUCAUCAGGAGAUUGAACAUAACCCCUGGGGCUUUCCCAGUACGAUUCAUGAGGAACUAAAAAACGUAGCGCACAGCUGAGGCAAACGUUAGGAGGAAAUGAAGAAAUAAACACAGGGUUGUGGAGGAAUUCCAAAUGAAACUUGAGUCUGAAAUGAGCAGCCCUGAGUAGUGUGAAAAUUAGAAUAUCCUCAAGGUCUCGCCCAUCAUUCCACCCACAGCAGCACUGUUUCUGUCAGUCUUUCUCCAGGACUGCAUGACGCCAAACUGUACAUGACUCAAGCCAGCUUCAUAUAAAGUCACAUCAACCUUGAGUGAUGAAGUAGAGGAGGAGGAGUGAGGUUGUGUGUGGCAGGAGACCUAGGAAACUGCAGAGAGCUUUGUAAAAAGGAAGAUGUUGGAGAGGCAGGUAAAAUUGUGGAGGGCUGUAAAAAUGGCAAAUUCAGCCCUUGCUGGGACAAACUCCCGGCCCUCCAGGCAGGGAGGAGGUAAAAUGCUAAGGGCCAAAACCUCAGAUGGUGGAAGUGGGUGUGUAGCUCCACUGAUUUCAGCAGAGGUGUGCCAGUUUAUUCCAGCCGAAGAGCUGGCCUAAUCUUUGAUUAUUUGCUAUUAUAACGACUGGGAGGAGAAGCUGAGCUUUGAUAUGUCACAAGAAUGUGGACAUUCAUUUGCUGAAAAUUGGUAAAGCUUUGUGGCAGCUCAUGCUAAUAUGACCGGGAUGGUUUCCUCUAUCCAGCAUACCUCAGCUGCCUGCAGAGCUCCAGUGACUGAACCUUAGAAUACAGUUAGGUUCAUUCCCGAUUGUGUGUCCCCCUCAUCUUAAUUCUUUUGGGCAGAAAUCACUUCAGCACAGAAGGAUCCCAGCUCCUGGAGUCCUGUGAUUUCUGUGGGAAUCUCAGCUUUCAUUUUAAAGAAAAUUAGGUCUCUAGCCCUCAUGCUUGUGUAGAAAAAUGUAAAAAUGUAAUGCCUAACAGCGCCAAAAGCAGAAGGCAGCUAAAUGAGCCCCACAUUUCUUUGUUAAAAUCACAUGAAUUUUAAGGGUCUGCACCAGGACUAUGAAUUGCAUAAGGACUUGGGUGGGCCGUUUGCACAGGGGUGGAUUCUACUCCAUGAGAAUAACGGUUAAACCAUUUCACACUCCAACUGCUAUUGGCAGGUGCAGCCCUAACAGUACAGGCAUUGCUUUCCUCUUGGUAAAGAUGCAGAGAUAUACAUAGUCCUUUAUCAUGGGAAUGGGGGUAGAAAAGGCACUUUCAGAUCCAUCCUUUUUUGACACAUUUCUGGUAUUAACAUUAAAACUGACAUUUUG